AUUUGGUUUGGUUAGUUUUGAAGCACAGGAAAUUAUGGAAGAUGACUACGACUCAGAUGAGUUUGAACAAGCUGUUGCUGCAGUUGAAGAGGAGAUGGAAAACAAAAUAGCAGCACCACAAAUUGAAGAGGAGAUUGAAACUGAUGGAGAAGGUAUUAUAACUCAGUUUAAUCCAGAUCACAUUAUCACUGAUCCAGGGCUUCGUAUACCAAUUGAUCGGUUUUCUAUCGAUAUUAGAUCUGAGGUUAGAAGGGCUUUCAUAGAUAAGGGUCCAACUCAACCAAUGGGUUACAAUUUCCCUAAAACAAAUAAGAAAAGGUGCUUUCAGAAAAGUUGGUUCAAGCAACAUUCUUGUCUUGAAUACAGUGUGGAGAAGGAUAGGGCCUAUUGUUUUUAUUGUUAUCUUUUCAAGCAUGAUCGAAUGGAUGACAAAUUUGGAUAUGAUGUCUUUACAACAUUGGGGUUUAAUAAUUGGAAGAAUGCAUAUUUGUCGCUUCCAAAACAUGAUGGAAUAAUCCACAAUCAGUGUAGGACAGCAUAUGAAGAUUUCAAAAAUCAAAGAACAAGUGUGAAACAUAAGGUUGACAGACAUACAAAAGAUGCACUAGUCAAAUAUGAAACUCGGUUGGAUACAUCAUUGGGUAUUGUGAGUUUGCUCACAUUGCAAGGUGAACCAUUCCGUGGACAUGAUGAGUCCCUUGUUUCUUUGAAUAAGGGAAAUUUUCUAGAGUUUCUUGAUUGGUACAAAGAAAGGAAUGAACAAGUGAGGCUUGCAUUUGAUGAGACAUGUCCCAAAAAUGCCAAGAUGACUUCCCCAACAAUUCAAAAAGAACUUGCAGAAUGUUGUGCAAUUGAGGUCACCAAAGCAAUAAAGGAAGAGAUGGCAGGUUGUCUUUUCUCCAUUCUUAUAGAUGAAUCUCGUGAUAUAUCUGUCAAAGAACAAAUGGCUGUGGUUGUGAGGUUUGUGAACAAGAAAGGACAGGUGAUUGAAAGAUUUUUAGGUAUUAAGCAUGUAAAGGAGACAACCUCACAAGCACUGAAAACAGCAAUUAUUGAAGUACUUGGUGAGCAUGGGCUACACAUUGCAAAUCUACGAGGGCAAGGGUAUGAUGGUGCUUCUAAUAUGAGAGGAGAAUUUAAUGGCCUUCAGAAGCUUAUUCGUGAUGAGAACCCAUAUGCUUUUUAUGUCCAUUGCUUUGCUCAUCAAUUACAGUUGGUAGUUGUUUCUAUCUCAAGAUGUUGUUCAUCUAUUGAGGAUUUCUUUGAAUAUGUGACCCUGAUUGUGAAUAACACAACAUCAUCUUGCAAGAGGAAGGAUGUAUUGCUAGAUAAGCAACGUGAAAAUCUUUUAGGUAAGUUGGGCAGUGGAGAGAUUUCCUCAGGCAGAGGGAAAAAUCAAGCAACAUCCUUGGCUAGACCUGGAGAUACAAGAUGGGGUUCUCAUUAUAAGACAUUACUUCGUAUUGAAUCAAUGUGGGAUUCAGUAAUUGAAGUUCUACAAAUUGUGCAUGAAGAUGAGCGUAAUCCAAGUAGGGCAGGAGGUUUAGUGCAAAUCAUGGAGUCAUUUAGCUUUGUGGUCAUCAUGAAGAUGAUGUUGCAAAUCCUUCGCAUCACAAAUGAGCUCUCUCUUGUCUUGCAAAGGAAGGAUCAAAAUAUUGUUCAAGCCAUGUCUUUGGUUAUUGAUGUGAAAACACGUUUGAUGAAUUUAAGGAAUGAUGGUUGGGAGCCACUAUUACAGGAAGCCACAAAAUUCUGCAGUGAAAAUGAUAUCCCAGUACCAAAUAUGAAUGAAUCAGUGACAAGAUUUGGAAGAUCAAGAAAAGGGGGCAAGAACAAGAUCACUGCUGACCAUUAUUUUCGUGUUGAUACCUUCUAUGCUGCUACAGAUGCUAUUACCACAGAGUUUGAUCAUCGGUUUAAUGAGGUAUCUUCAGAGUUGCUUGUUUGUUUUUCUUGUCUUGACCCGAGAGAUUCAUUCUCUAAAUUUGAUGUGCACAAGCUAGCUUGA